AUGGCUGACGAGGCUGCUCCAGCAACUACAACGACCGUAGCGUCAAGUGAUGAAAAAAAUCUCGUAGUCUCUUUUAUACAGUUCAUUCGACAUAAAGUAUCAGCCAAUCAAUGCACAGAUGAUCAGGUUGAGGCUCUAGAAGUGGCUGUACAGUGUAUGGAGUCAGCAUUUGGGCUAACCGAUGCCAAUUAUGCUUUUCAGCCGUCAAAACCUCUUCUCGAUGUUUUUAUAGCUGCUGAAGGACUUCCUUCGGGCGAGGACAAGUUACCAGAACCAACUGAGGCGGAGAUAGCAGAAGCGAAUAAGCUCAAGGAAGAGGGUAAUGACCUGAUGAAAGCGUCACAAUUUGAUGCCGCCGUUAGUAAAUACAAUGAGGCUAUCAAGCUGAAUCGGGAUCCCGUCUAUUUUUGCAAUAGAGCUGCUGCAUAUUGUCGCCUUGAACAGUAUGAUCUCGCAAUCCAAGAUUGUAGAACUGCACUAGCCCUUGAUCCGAAGUACAGUAAAGCUUACGGCAGAAUGGGUUUGGCGUUAUCAUGUCAAAACCGAUAUGAGCAAGCCGUCGAAGCCUACAAAAAGGCUCUUGAAUUGGAUCCCAACCAGGAAAGCUUCAAAAACAAUUUGAAAAUUGCUGAGGAGAAAGUUAAGGAGCUCGAGGCAGCAGCACAAGCAAGUGGCGCGCAACCGAAUCCUUUCGCUGCUAUGUUCGGUGGAGCCGGUGGAGCAGGAGGACCAGGUUUGCCUCCUGGUGUAGAUUUUGCGUCAUUAUUCAACAAUCCACAAAUGUUGAGCAUGGCACAGGUACUUUUUUUCAAGAGAUCGUUUUCGUAA